AUGGCCGAUGUCGCUGCCUUGGAGGCAGAGGUGAAGGAAUUUAAGCUUCAGCUUGAAACCGUUGUAUCGAGUUUGCAGGUAGACCCCGACAACACGGAACUCCAGGCUCUCCAAACUGAACUCGAAGAACUCAUACUCCUCACGGAAACUUCCAUCGCCGAACUCAAGCCGACCAACCCUGCUCCUCCCAAGGACACUCGACACAAAGAUAAUGCCGCCCGGAAACCCAUUGCGACAGAGGAAGCCCCUCCUGCUCCCAUGAAUUUCUCAGUCAACGACAACGUCCUGGCCCGUUGGGUCUCUGGCGACAACUCGUUCUACCCGGCCAAAAUCACCUCUAUCACCGGAUCCUCGGCCAACCCGGUCUACCUGGUUUCAUUCAAGUCAUAUGCAAACGUGGAAAACUUGACAGCCAAGGACAUCCGACCCAUCUCUGGCACUGACUCUCGCAAGCGCAAGGCUGAUGGAACCUCAAGCAGUUCGGCAUCUUCGCCCGCCCCACCCCCCGGUGUGAUUUCCGCUGCAGCAGAUAUCAAUCCUACGCUGGCGACCCGGGCUCGUAACGACCAGGCCAAAGGCGAUGGUUCGGCUCGUCCCGCCAAGGCACCCCGCAAGGUCAAGGCUAAUCGUGAGCUUGAGGAGGGCAAGAACAAGUGGAAAGAUUUUGCUGCCAAGACCAAGGGCAGGGGCAAGUUUGGCAAGAAAGACAGCAUGUUCCGCACUGGUGAUGGUGUCAACGCACGAGUCGGGUUCACAGGUUCUGGUCAGCAGAUGCGCAAAGAUCCCACCCGAACCCGCCACACCUAUCAACAGGCCGAGGAUGAGGGCUACUAA